UCCCAGUACCGGGAGAGAACGAAUGGGAAGCAGCGUCACCGCCCCACGUUAACAAACACCGCACCGACCGUGCAUGCCAAAACCCCCCGAAUGUGCCGCUAUGCUUUAUAGACACUACAACCGGUCAUCGAACCGCGGGCAGCUGACAUCCGCCUUAAUGGCCGCGGAGAGGCAGGUGCAGCGUCGCGGAUGUUUGUGCGCGUGAUGUGACGGAUUCCGCCCGCGCGCUGGGAUGGGACACACCGAACCGAAGCCAGAUCUUUCCGGUGAUGAGGGUUUACACCGAGGCGUAGGGGUGAGGUUUUAAUCUCGCCAGCUGAGGGGCCUCCGCUGACGUAGCGGCACACGGACUAAACAAACAAUCCGCGCGGCCGAGAUCUCAUCGUGACACUGCGGCGCAUCCUGAUGCAUUUUCACAUCAUCAUCAUCAUCACCAUCACCAUCACCAUGGAAUAAUGAUGUGGCAGCCCGUGCACCUGAUGACGCCCCUGUAAAUUAACCCCCCGCCGCCCCCCCUUCCUCCUCCUCACGUCUGGAUGUAAAAAUAAUCCCACUCGCAUUAUUUGUGAAUCGGUUAUUUAUUUAUUUAUUUAUUUGCGUCCCCUGAGUUAAAAACAAACAAAUAACAGUAACAUCGCCAAGAUGAUGGAGCUGCCGCUGGACGAGGUCGUCUACCAGGACGACUACGGCUCGGUGUCCGUGAUGUCGGAGCGCGUGUCCGGCCUGGCCAACAGCAUUUACCGCGAGUUCGAGCGCCUCAUUCGCAGCUACGACGAGGAGGUGGUGAAGGAGCUCAUGCCGCUCGUGGUGAACGUGUUGGAGAACCUGGACGCCGUGCUCACCGAGAACCAGGAGCAUGAGGUGGAGCUCGAGCUGCUCAAGGAGGACAACGAGCAGCUCAUCACACAGUACGAGCGAGAGAAGGCGCUGCGCAAGCAGGCCGAGGAGAAGUUUAUCGAGUUUGAGGAUGCGUUGGAGGCAGAAAAGAAGGAUCUCCAGGCCCAAGUGGACUUUUUAGAAUUACAGGGAAAACAGUUGGAACUGAAGACCAAGAACUACUCAGAUCAGAUCUCCCGUUUGGAAGAACGUGAGUCAGAGAUGAAGAAAGAGUACAACGCUCUUCAUCAGCGGCACACAGAAAUGAUUCAGACCUAUGUUGAACACAUUGAACGCUCCAAAAUUCAGCAGGCUGGAAGCAACCAGUCAGAUACCACAGGCUGCGGAAGAACUCAACGCAACACCCGGAGGAAAAGUAAAGCAGAGCGACCUCCUUCGUUGAGUCUCUUUCCCACCGGGGAUGCUAUGGUACGUGGGGGUCACGGGGGGGCUAGAACAACGUCGACAGACGCCUGGCAUGCCAGUGAUCUGGGUCGAGCCGUCUACGCCCCUGGCUUCCAGGAGGACGGCUCAGAGUCUGACUCAGUUGUGGCCUCGCCCAGCAGCACAGGCAGCAAAUCAAACACUCCCACCUCAUCUGUUCCCUCGGCAACAGUUACCCCUCUCAAUGAGCCGAUGGUUCCUUCUGGAGAGUUUGAUAUGUGCCGGGGGCGGAGCCGCAAAAACGCCAAGAGGCUCAGCAGGAAUAUGGAAGUGCAGGUCUCACAGGAGACCAGGAAUGUCAGCAUCGGUAUGGGAAGCAGUGAUGAGUGGUCUGAGUUUCAGGACAUCAUAGAUUCUACACCAGAGUUAGAUAUGUGCAUGGAUCCUCGUAUCUUUCCUGGAGGAAACAGUCCAUCUCAGGGCAUAGUGAACGAGGCAUUUGGCAUCAACACAGACUCGCUGUACCACGAGAUCAAAGACGCCAAAUCUGACAUCAUCGGCGAUGUGGAUGCUGGAGCGGAGCUGCUCGGGGAAUUCUCAGGGAUGGGGAAAGAGGUGGAGAACCUUCUCACAGAGAACAAACAACUACUGGAGACCAAGAAUGCUCUGAACAUUGUGAAGAACGACCUGAUCGCUAAAGUGGACGAGCUGUCGGGAGAGCAUGAGGUCCUGAGGGAGGAACUGGAGGCAGUUAAACAGUCCAAGAACAAAGUGGACACCAGAGUCAAAGAGCUGGAGGAGGAGCUGAAGAGGUACAGCACUGUGAAAAAGCUGAGAGCUGAGGCACUCGGAGCAUCUCAGGACUCAAAAGAUGAAGGAGGAGAGGAUUAUUCGUCCUCACUGCAGGACGACGUGGCCAUGACGCAGAGGCGCAGGUUCACACGGGUCGAGAUGGCGCGCGUCCUGAUGGAACGCAACCAGUACAAAGAGAGGCUGAUGGAGCUGCAGGAGGCUGUCCGCUGGACUGAGAUGAUCAGAGCUUCUAGGGAGAGUCCUCAACUCCAAGAGAAGAAGAAAUCGACCAUCUGGCAGUUCUUUGCACGUCUCUUCAGCUCAUCCUCAAGCCCUCCUCCAGUGAAGCGGCCAUACACCAGCGUCAACAUCCACUACCGAUCCCCCUCUCCUGCAGGCUUCAACCAGAGACACUCGCACACCAUGUGCCAGAUCUCCACCUCCAACCACACACUCGAGUUCUUCCCUGAGGAACUGCCCAGUAAUGGUGUUGCGUCUCUCCUUAGCAACUCGGCACUCUCCGUCCGUAGGGAGCAGCGGCGUGAGCAGUACCGGCAGGUCCGUGAGCACAUGCGCCGGGAUGAUGGCCUCAUGCAGGCCUGUGGCUGGAGUGUGCCACCACGCAUUAAACAGACGGGUUCCCAGGCAGACAGCGCUCAGGACGCCGCAGGAAAGAGGCCGCAGGCCAAUGAGAAAGAAGACAACCGCAUGAAAAACGUCCCCGUGCCUGUAUACUGCCGCCCUCUGGUGGAGAAGGAUCCCAACAGGAAGCUGUGGUGUGCUGCUGGAGUGGACUUGACUGGCUGGAGGACAUCCAGUCAAGAGGCAGGAGUGAAGCUACCAGCCAAUGGCACUGAUCCUCUGACUGGAGAGGAUGAGGGAGGAGAGAAUAAGAGCGAACAUAGCUCACCGGAGAAAAAGAAGCCUAAGGAACUACAUGAGACAGACUCAAUGAGUAGCCGUGUCUGGAUCCUGACCAGCACUCAUUCAGCCAGUAAGGUGGUCAUUAUCGAUGCCAAUCAGCCUGGGUCACUGGUUGACCAGUUUAAUGUGUGUAAUGCCCACGUGCUCUGCAUCUCCAGUGUUCCAGCGGCCAGCGAGAGCGAUUACCCUGCAGGUGAAAUAUUUCUGGAGCAGCAGGGUGAUGGUGGUUCAGAGGAUACUGGUAGAGUGGAGGGUAUGCUGGCGGGCAUCACACUGGUGGGCUGUGCAACCAACUGCAGUGUAGUGCGUAGUAACUGCUCCUCACGCACCGACACCCCAGUGCUGGACAAAGGACAAGCACCUGCAGCUCCGGUGUGUAGCCGGCUGGCAGUGUCUCAGUCAGCAGAGGAAGCCACUGAAGCCAUGGAAGUGUCAGAGGAGGCGGGGCCAAAUGAAGAGUGCGGCAGCUCCGCCUCUUCUGGAACAUUCACUGAACAUGUCUUUACAGAUAACUCACGCAGUGAGGGCGGUGGCACUAAGGAGGAAGUGACAUCAGCACCCACAGGCUCAGAAAACGGAGGAGAUGAACGUGCUGGAACCAGUGCCGCACCUACCAUGUGGCUCGGUGCCCAGAACGGCUGGCUGUAUGUGCAUUCUGCAGUGGCAAACUGGAAGAAGUGCCUCCACUCCAUCAAACUCAAAGACUCUGUACUCAGUCUAGUGCACGUUAAAGGAAGGGUGUUGGUGGCACUGGCGGAUGGAACACUUGCAAUUUUCCACAGAGCUGAAGACGGUCAGUGGGAUCUGUCUAACUAUCAUCUGAUGGACCUGGGUCGCCCUCACCACUCCAUUCGCUGUAUGGCUGUGGUGCAUGACAAGGUCUGGUGUGGCUACAAGAACAAAAUCCAUGUAAUCCAGCCCAAAAGUAUGCAGAUUGAGAAAUCAUUUGACGCUCACCCUCGCAGGGAGAGCCAGGUCAGGCAGCUCGCCUGGAUUGGAGAUGGCGUAUGGGUGUCCAUCCGUUUGGACUCCACGCUGCGAUUGUACCACGCGCUCACACACCAGCACCUUCAGGACGUGGACAUCGAGCCCUAUGUCAGCAAGAUGCUUGGUACCGGGAAGUUGGGCUUCUCAUUUGUUCGGAUAACAGCCCUGUUGAUUGGAGGGAACCGAUUGUGGGUAGGAACAGGAAAUGGAGUCAUCAUCUCUAUCCCUCUGACUGAGACUGUAGUCCUACAUCGGGGACAACUUCUUGGCCUGAGGGCAAAUAAGGUGUCUCCCACCUCAUCAGGAGGCGUGAUCCACGUAUAUGCUGAUGACAGCAACUCAGACAAAGGCAACGGUAGCUUCAUCCCAUACUGCUCCAUGGCCCAGGCUCAGCUGUGCUUCCAUGGGCACCGGGAUGCAGUGAAAUUUUUCGUGUCAGUGCCAGGCAAUGUACUGGCCACCCUAAAUGGCAGUGUCCUGGACAGUCCAUCAGAGUCUCAGGGUUCUUCAGCCCCAGCAGAGACAGAAGCUCAGUGUGUUCAGAAUGUUUUGGUCCUCAGUGGAGGCGAGGGUUACAUUGAUUUCCGCAUAGGUGAUGGUGAAGAUGAUGAGACUGAGGAGGCAGAUGGCGAAGCCCCUCAGAUUAAGCCAACAUUGGAUAAAGCUGAAAGGAGCCAUAUCAUUGUUUGGCAGGUGUCCUAUGUCCCUGAGUAAUGCUACCAGACACUUUAUGCCUGCACUCCCCAUCUUGUAACUAUACUCAAAUAUUCUCUAUGAAACCUUGUGUAUUCCUAACAGUGCCCCUUAAAUUCUGUAUGUAAGCUCUGUAACUACCCCCUAAGGCCUGUAUUUACCAUCCCUAAAUUGUAACUAUCCCCUGUAUGUUGGUUGAUUUGCCCCUGUGACUGCCCUUGACUCCAAUGCAAACAACUCAAGACUCUGAACGGCAAUUAUAAAUGCAUUCAAGACAACUACCUUUCUCAGAAUAACCCAGUUUUUGCCAAAUGUAUAAACAUGUUCUUGCGCUAUUCUUACCUGUCCCACCAGCUCACAGCUCACUGGCUAGUUGCUUUUAUUCUGAGUGGAAUAAGGAUAGGGAGCUGUGAUUGGUUAAAAGGAUUUGCAGAGAUCUUUGGUUUGUAUGAUCCUUAUUUAGGAAUUUGUUUAUAUGACGUAAUAAGGAGAAUAGAGGGGGGGGAACCGCAAAGGACAUGUACAAAGGUGUAAAUAUUUAGGCUCAGGCUUAGAUUAACAACAACUUAGUGUCAUUUUAAGAGACUGAUUGAAAGGGAGAUAAUUGAUGGUUCAGGAAUUGAAAUGACAAUAAGAUAAGAAAGCACAUUUGGAGGAGACCGGUUUCAAAUAUUUAAAAUAAGAUUUCACUGAUACGGCUGAUAAAUUCAAUAAACACAAAAAUUGUUAAACACCACCCUACGUUAACUUUCAGAAAGUAAGAUGUAUCCAUCAGGUAAGCUGUGAGCUGGCUUUAUCUUCAAAGUGGACUGGGUUUUGUGGGUCACACACAGACCCAAGUUGGAGUCUAUAUGAUUGGCUGCUGGUUUGAUUGACCGUUGCUAAACGACCGAUUCUCUGUACGUAAUAAUAUAUGUUCUCUUAUGUGUGGUUAAAUAUUAAAUAUUAAACAUAUUCAUGCUCUGAAAAGA